AUGAAACUUGGUGAUCGAAAAGGAGAUUGGGUGGAAGAUCUUCCAGAGGUUCUAUGGGCUUAUCGGACUACGAAAAGAACUCCAACCAAGGAAACUCCCUAUGCUCUGGCCUUGGGGACCGAGGCAGUUAUACCUACUGAAGUAGGCUCGGGCAGCUUCCGAGUAGAAACUUUUCAUCCUGAAAAUAAUGAUGAAGACUUACUGCUGCAUCUGGAUCUGCUACAGGAAAAGAGAGAUCAAGCUCAAGUAUCCAUGUCAGCAAACCAGGAAAGAGUAGCUCGGUAUUUCAACAAGAAGGUCAGGCAUCGAAGUUUCAAAGUCGGAGAUUUGGUCUUGCGACAAGUUACCUUCGCCACCAAAGAUCCAACCGAGGGCAAGUUAGCUCCCAAUUAG